CGGCGUUGUCGGGGCAACGCGGGCAGCGCCGUGGUCCCUCCCCAGGUUUCAGCCCUGCCUAGGCCUGUGUUUUGUCAUGGCCCUCUAUUUUGAUCACCGAAUCCAAGCCCCAGAUGCAGCUGGGUCUCCGUCCCACAUCAGUUGGCACCCUGUCCACCCAUUCCUGGCAGUGGCCUCCACUGGCACAAUGUCAGGAGGAAGUGUGGACAUCUACCUGGAACAAGGUGAGCCUGUGCCAGACACACACAUCGAGAGGUCCUUCCGGGUCGCUUCCUUUUGUUGGCACCCAACACGGCUGGUCCUGGCAAUCGGCUGGGAGACUGGAGAAGUGAUAGUAUUUAACAAGCAGGACAAGGAGCAGCACACAGUGCCCACAACACACAGUGCCGACAUCACCAUCCUCAGCUGGAGCACCAGUGGGAGCUGCCUGGUGUCUGGUGACAGGCUUGGUGUCCUGCUCCUGUGGAGACUGGACCAGCGGGGCCGUGUGCAGGGGACACCCCUGCUGAAGCAUGAGUAUGGGAAGCACCUCACCCACUGCAUCUUCCGGCUGCCCCCUCCUGGCGAAGACUUGGUUCAGUUGGCAAAGGCAGCAGUGAGUGGUGAUGAGAAAGCCUUGGACAUGUUUAACUGGAGGAAAAGUGGCUUUGGAAGUUUGCUGAAGAUGGGAUCUCAAGAUGGGCUGUCGUUCUUUGUCAGUCUGACCGACGGUGCGGAACAGGGGUCGGUGCACUAUGUGGAUGAGAAGGGUAAGACCACGCAGGUGGCAUCCACAGACAGCGCUAUCCAGACGCUCUUCUACAUUGAGAAGAGAGAGGCACUGGUGGUGGUCACAGAGAAGCUUCUACUGUCCCUGUACGUGGUGACACCCGAGGGGGAGGCUGAAGAAGUGAUGAAGGUGAAGCUGAGUGGGAAAACUGGUCACCGGGCAGACAUCGCUUUGAUUGAGGGCAGCCUUCUUGUGAUGGCCAUAGGGGAAGCUGUCCUCAGAUUCUGGGACUUGGAACGAGGAGAAAAUUAUAUACUAAGUCCAGAGGAGAAGUUUGGCUUUGAAAAAGGAGAAAAUAUAAACUGUGUUUGUUACUGUAAAGCCAAAGGUCUUCUGGCAGCUGGUACCAGUAAAGGGCAAAUAGCAAUGUGGAGAAAAGUGCCCGGCCUUCCAGGCAGCCAUGGGGUAGAAGGAAAGGAUGCAUGGGCCCUCCGGACGCCCACUGAGCUUGAAGGAAACAUCACACAAAUAAAGUGGGGCUCCAGAAAGAAUCUUCUGGCGGUGAGCACCAUCAGCUCCGUGUCCAUCCUCAGUGAGCAGGCCAUGUCCUCACACUUCAACCAGCAAGUGGCUGCCGUGCAGAUCUCUCCCAGUUUACUCAACGUGUGCUUCCUGUCCACGGGGAGCUCGCACAGCCUGCGCACAGACAUGCAUAUCAGCGGAGUGUUUGUCACCAAGGAUGCUGUGGCUGUGUGGAAUGGAAAACAGAUAGCGAUCUUUGAGCCUUCUGGAACCACCUUACGGAAUGCAGGUUCCUUCCUGUGUGAGUCCCCUGUGUUAGCGAUGUAUGAGGAAAGUGUUUAUACGGUGGAGCCAAACCGAGUUCAAGUUCGGACCUGGCAGGGGACAGUAAAGCAACUGCUGCUGUUUUCUGAGACUGAAGGGAACCCCUGCAUCCUGGACAUCUGUGGGACUUUCCUGGUUGUGGGGACAGACUUAGCUCACUUCAAAAGCUUUGAUCUUUCCCGAAGGGAGGCCAAGGUGCACUGCAACUGUAAGAACCUGGCUGAGCUGCUCCCUGGAGUGGGGGCCAUCUCUUCCCUCCGGUGCAAUGCCAGUGGAAGCAAGAUCAGCAUCCUGCUCAGUAAGACUGACAACAGCCCUGAUUCCAAACUCUGCUUCUAUGACGUUGAGAUGGACAUGGUGACUGUCUUCGACUUUAAGACUGGGCAGAUUGACCAGCGAGAGACACUCUCCUUUAACGGGCACGAGACUAACAAGAACCGUGUCUUUGCGGAUGAGAGUCUGACAAAUUACAUUCCUGUAAGCCAUUUCUGGGAUCAGAGCGAGCCGCGGCUUUUUGUGUGUGAGGCUGUGCAGGAGGCGCACGGAGCAUCGCCGCCUGCUGCAGAGCGGCAGCCCCCCCUGGAGGACAGCAGCAGACACUCGGAAGGUGUUUUGAUUUUGUCAUUCUUCGCUUCUGAAGAGCAUGGCUUCCUGCUCCAUGACAGCUUCCCCCUUCCCUCUGCCUACCAGACCCUCUUGGGGGUGGAAGUACCCCACUAUUACUUCACAAAAAAGCCUGGAGAGGCAGGAACUGAAGACAAGGUGGAUUCUGAUCACCACCAGAUACCUCAGAUGGUGGCCAAGAAACCUCUGCGAGACUUUGUGGGGCUGGAAGACUGCGACAAGCCCACUCGAGAUGCCAUGCUCAAUUUCAGCUUCUUCGCCACCAUUGGAGACAUGGAUGAAGCUUUCAAAUCUAUCAAACUCAUCAAAAGCGAAGCCGUCUGGGAGAACAUGGCACGCAUGUGUGUCAAAACCCAGCGUCUGGACGUGGCCAAGGUGUGCCUGGGGAACAUGGGCCAUGCCCGCGGGGCACGGGCGCUGCGGGAGGCCGAGUCUGAGCCCGAGCUGGAGGCCAGAGUGGCCAUGCUGGCCGUUCAGCUGGGCAUGCUGGAAGAUGCUGAGCAGCUGUACAAGCGCUGCCAGCGCUACGACCUCCUCAACAAGUUCUACCAGGCCUCAGACCAGUGGCAGAAGGCGGUGGAGGUGGCCGAGCUCCACGACCGCAUCCACCUGCGCACCACCUACUACAACUACGCCAGGCACCUGGAGGCCAGCGCCCACUGCGGCCUGGCCCUCAGCUACUACGAGAAGUCGGACACGCACCGCUUCGAGGUGCCCAGGAUGCUGGCUGAGGACCUGCAGUCCCUGGAGCUCUACAUCAACAAGAUGAAGGACAGGACGCUGUGGAGGUGGUGGGCCCAGUACCUGGAGAGCCAGGCGGAGAUGAACUCAGCGCUGCACUACUACGAGCUGGCCCAGGACUACUUCUCCCUGGUCCGCAUUCACUGCUUCCAGGGCAACAUUCAGAAGGCUGCAGAAAUAGCCAACGAGACUGGAAACUGGGCUGCGUCCUAUCACCUGGCCAGGCAGUACGAGAGCCAGGAGGACGUGAGGCAGGCUGUGUACUUCUACGCACGCGCACAGGCCUUCAACAACGCCAUCCGCCUGUGCAAGGAGAACAACUUGGAUGACCAGCUCAUGAACUUGGCCCUGCUGAGCUCCCCAGAGGACAUGAUCGAGGCCGCGAGGUACUACGAGGAGAAGGGCGAGCAGAUGGACAGGGCUGUCAUGCUUUACCACAAGGCUGGCCACUUCUCCAAGGCCCUGGAGCUGGCCUUCGCCACCCAGCAGUUUGCAGCUCUGCAGCUCAUAGCAGAGGACCUGGAUGAGAAGUCGGACCCCGCACUCCUGGCCCGAUGCUCCGACUUCUGCAUCGAGCACAAGCAGUUUGAGAAGGCUGUGGACCUGCUAUUGGCUGCCAAGAAGUAUCAGGAGGCCCUGCAGCUGUGCGUGGACCAGAAUAUGACCAUCACUGAGGAGAUGGCUGAGAAGAUGACUGUGUCCAAAGACUCAAAGGAGCUGACCGAGGAGUCGCGGCGAGAGCUGCUAGAACAGAUUGCCAACUGCUGCAUGCGCCAGGGCCACUACCACCUGGCCACCAAGAAGUACACGCAGGCCGGGAACAAGCUGAAGGCCAUGAGAGCGCUGCUCAAGUCUGGGGACACAGAGAAGAUCGUGUUCUUUGCGGGUGUCUCCAGGCAGAAGGAAAUCUACAUCAUGGCUGCCAAUUACCUGCAGUCCUUGGACUGGCGGAAGGAGCCAGAGAUCAUGAAGAACAUCAUCAGCUUCUACACCAAAGGCCGAGCCCUGGACCUCCUGGCCGGCUUCUAUGACGCCUGUGCCCAGGUGGAGAUCGACGAAUAUCAGAACUAUGACAAGGCCCAUGGCGCACUGACCGAGGCCUACAAGUGCCUGUCCAAGGCCAAAGCCAAGAGCCCGCUGGACCAGGAGACCAAGCUGGCCCAGCUGCAGAGCAAGAUGACGCUGGUGAAGAGGUUCAUCCAGGCCCGCAGGAACUACACAGAGGACCCCAAGGAGUCGGUGAGGCAGUGUGAGCUGCUCCUGGAGGAGCCAGACCUGGACAGCACUAUCCGCAUCGGCGAUGUCUACGGCUUCCUGGUGGAGCACCACGUGCACAGGCAGGAGCACCAGAUGGCCUACAAGUACCUUGAGGAGAUGCGGAAGAGACUUCCUUCCGCCAAUAUGUCCUACUAUGUGGACCAGCGCACGGUGGACGCCGUGCACCAGGCCCUGGGCCUCCCGCUGUCCCGCAUCGUGCCGGAGCGGAUCCGCCACAACAGCAUGGAGGACCACAAGGAGGUGGACGAGGAAGUGGUGGAGGAGGUGGAGAGUGAGCCCUGAGGCCCUGCUC